UCCAGUCAAUGCACUUUGGUGCUUCAAAAAAGCAGAUUUCACUACACACUGGUGUUUACUAUUACAGAACAGAAAGUGAUGCUCUUGUAAAAUCUCAGAGCUUUUGUUCAGUCAGUGACAAUCUAGAUCAUCAAUCACACGCAAUAUGGGCCCACUUACAUACCAUUUUAUUGGAGUUGCCUAACAGGUUUCCCAAUAUUACACAAGUACAUUUUUUAUCUGAUGGUCCUACAUCUCAGUAUAAAAAUAGAAAUAACUGUUUCUUGAUGUGCAAGAAAAUUCCCCAGUAUUUUAAAAAUAUUGAGUCAAUUUCCUGGAAUUAUAGUGAAAGUGGCCAUGGCAAGGGACCCAUGGAUGGUGUAGGAGGAUCACUCAAACGAAAAGCUGAUAGAUUGGUGUUGCAAGGACAAGACAUAAUAUGUGCAGGUGACUUUGUACAUAAGCUUAAAGAAAGUUCGGUUAAAAUUUGGGAAGUUUUGGAAGAAGAGAUAAAAGACGCAAAACUUGAAAUCCCAAAUAAUAUUAGUCAAGUUCCAAAUAUUAUGUCUAUGCACCAAGUGACAUGGAGCAAAAAAUUUGCAGACAAACUAUUUUUAAGAAAACUUAGCUGUUUUGCAUGCAAAUUUGAUGAGCCCUGCAUUCAUUACAGUUUGAAGCCAUCAGUGGUACUAAUUGCUGCAAAAACCAAAAAUAUCCUUUUUAUAAAAUAUUGAAAUGUUAUUUGCAAAAGUAGUUCUUCUUUUUCUUAAUCACUAUUUACCAGAUUUUAAGAAACAGAAAUUACAAUCUGUUGGUGGAACCUCCAAACAAGAACAAUAUAUUAGUCCCAAUCUGACUUUGGCUUCAAAAAAUUGUUCUGACAUGGAACUCUCUAAUGUCUCCAAUGUGUCGUCGUUUUCUUUAGAUGAAGAUGAAAAAAAUACAAUACCUAAAAUUAAGAUAAUUUCAAAUAUUUUAUUACAGACUUUUGAAAGGAAUGUUAAAGAGACAAAAGGUCUUUGCUACGAUUGUACUUUUAGUUUAAACAUCCAAAAUGAAGGACGCAA